AGUUGGGAACAGAAGUUCAUUUACUGAUCAGAGAGGGCCCUGAGAGGCCGCGCUGCUCCUUCUCCCGCAUUCACUGGGGAGUCUUGCUCUGCAAGUGCAGUUGCAGGCGGUUCGGGAGCGCACACCCAGACCUGCCGCCCGCCGCUUCUGUGCUUCUGCAUCUGCCACCGUGGGUCCCAAGUUCCAGCGACUUCUCCUGUCCCACACUCUCCGCUUUGCUCCCCGUGUGUCCUGAAGAAAGGGGACCUGCUCCCGAGAUUUUCCACGGUGAUGAUAGCAUUUGAAGACCUGGCUGUGUACUUUAGCUGGGAGGAAUGGCAGAAAAUGAACAAUGCUCAGAAAACCCUAUACAGAGAUGUGAUGCUGGAGACCUACAGCAGCCUGUUCUCCUUGGGGCACUGCAUUACCAAACCUGACUUGAUCUUCAAGUUGGAGCGAGGAGCAGAGCCAUGGAUGGUGGAAGAAUGCCUGAAUCAGAGCCUUCCAGUGGUCAUGAAAAGGGAUGACCUGAUUAGGAUCAACCAGGAAAGUCAGGACAAAAAUCUGAAUCAGGAUUUUAUGAAAAAUAACAAGACAUCAGCUCUCAAGAGAGUUGAAUUAAGAAAAACCCUUAAUUUAAAUUCAAGCCAUAUUCCAACACUGAUUAUUAAAAAGGGAACCUAUUCACGAUUGAAGCCUGAGGAAUUCAGUAAAUGUCACACUGUGUAUCCCCACAGUGGGCCUGAUCAAUUACAGGAUGGAGAGAAAUUUGAUAACACUAAGAUACCUGGAAGUUCUCUCCAGUUCUGUGAGCCUUUUGGUCAGCAUGACAAGAUUCACAUCAUGAAGCAGCCAUUUGGACCCACUGGACAAGCAAAAUUCUUCACAAGAAAGAUGCUCUGUAAAUCUGAGAGGGUUCAUAUGGCAGAAAACUGUAAUAAAUCAACUGUCACUUUUGGAAAAGUAACUCCAAUUGAAAAAGCUAUCCAUGAAAAUUCUAGCCUCAAUGUGCAUCAACAAACUCACACAGGAAAGAAAUUUUAUAAGUACACUAGGUAUGUUGAACCUGUCAUUCACCAGCCACAACUUGCAAUAAAUCACAGACUAAAUACAAGGGGAAAAUUCUCUACAUGUAAACGUUGUGAAAAUUCACUGAGUUUUAAUUCACCUUAUGAAUGCAAUGACUGUGGAAAAGCCUUUAGACAAAAGUCAUACAUUCUCAUACAUCAGCGAAUUCACACAGGGGAGAAACUUCAUGAAUGUAAUGACUGUGGAAAAGCCUUUAGAUACAAGUCAGUCCUCAUGAAACAUCAGCGAAUUCACACAGGGGAGAAACCCCAUAAAUGCAAUGACUGUGGAAAAGCCUUUAGACACAAGUCAGACCUCAUGAAACAUCAGCGAAUUCACACAGGGGAGAAACCUCAUAAAUGCAAUGACUGUGGAAAAGCCUUUGGACACAAGUCAUACCUCCUCAUACAUCAGCGAAUUCACACAGGGGAGAAACCCCAUGAAUGCAAUGACUGUGGUAAAGCCUUUGGACACAAGUCAUACCUCCUCAUACAUCAGCAAAUUCACACAGGGGAGAAACCCCAUGAAUGUAAUGACUGUGGAAAAGCCUUUGGACACAAGUCAUACCUCAUGAAACAUCAGCGAAUUCACACAGGGGAGAAACCUCAUAAAUGCAAUGACUGUGGAAAAGCCUUUGGACACAAGUCAUACCUCCUCAUACAUCAGCGAAUUCACACAGGGGAGAAACCCCAUGAAUGUAAUGACUGUGGGAAAGCCUUUGGACACAAGUCAGACCUCAUGAAACAUCAGCGAAUUCACACAGGGGAGAAACCUCAUAAAUGUAAUGACUGUGGAAAAGCCUUUGGACACAAGUCAAACCUCAUAAAUCAUCAGCGAAUUCACACAGGGGAGAAACCUCAUAAAUGUAAUGAUUGUGGAAAAGCCUUUGGACGAAAGUCACACCUCAUCAUACACCAGAGAAUUCACACAGGGGAGAAACCUCAUAAAUGUAAUGACUGUGGAAAAGCCUUUGGAUACAAGUCUGUCCUCAUCACACACCAAAGAAUUCACAUGGGGCAGAAACCUCAUGAAUGUAAUGACUGUGGAAAAGCCUUUGGAAAUAAGUCAUACCUCAGGAAACAUCAGCGAAUUCACACAGGGGAGAAACCUCAUAAAUGUAAUGACUGUGGAAAAGCCUUUGGACACAAGUCAAACCUCAUGAAUCAUCAGCGAAUUCACACAGGGGAGAAACCUCAUGAAUGUAAUGACUGUGGAAAAGCCUUUGGACGAAAGUCAGUCCUCAGGAAACAUCAGCAAAUUCACACAGGGGAGAAACCUCAUAAAUGUAAUGACUGUGGAAAAGCCUUUGGACGAAAGUCAAGCCUCAUAAUGCACCAGCGAAUUCACACAGGGGAGAAAUCCUAUGAAUGUGAUGACUGGAAAAGCCUGUGGACACAAAUCACACCUCAUAUUACACCAGAGAAUUCACAUGAUGUAGAAAACUCAUGAAUAUAAUAACUGUGGAAAAGCCUUUGGAUGAAAAUCACACCUCAUCAUACGCCAGAGAUUUCACACAGGGGAAAAACCUCAUAAAUGUAAUGACUGUGGAAAAGCCUUUGGACAAAUGUUAGACCUCAUGAAACAUCAGCAAAUUCACACAGGAGAGAAACCCUAUGAAUGUAAUGACUAUGGAAAAGCUUUUGGCCAUAAGUCAGGCCUCAUGAAACAUCAGCAAAUUCACACAAGGCGGAAACCUCAUGAAUGUAAUAACUGUGGAAAAGCCUUUGGAUGAAAGUCAAGCCUCAUAAUGCACCAGAGAAUUCACACAGGGGAGGAACCCCAUGAAUGUAAUGAGUGGGGGAAAGCGUUUGGACAAAAGUCAGUCUUUAGGAAACAUCGGAGAAUACACAGGGGAGAAACCUCAUGAAUGUAAUGACUUUGGAAAAGCCGUUGGACAAAAGACAAACCUCAUAUCAUAGCAGAGAAUUCACACAGGGUAGAAAACUCAUGAUUGUAAUAACUGGAAAAGCAUUUAGCCAUAAGUCAACCCUCAUUGUGCAUCAGAGAAUUCACACAGGGCAGAAACUUUAUAAUGACUGGCAAAGCCUUUGGACAAAAGUCAAACCUCAUAAUGCACCAGAGAAUGCACACAGUGUUGAAACUUCAUGAAUGUAAUGACUAUGGGAAAACUUUUGGUCUUAAGUUCCAACUCCAACUGCAUCAGAGGAUUCACACAAGGAAAUAACAUUAGAAAUGUAAUGGCUGUGGAAAAGCCUUUUUCUAUAAAUUAUACCCCAUAUCAAAACAAUUCACACAGGCAAGAGACCUUAUGAAUCUAAUGAGUGUGGGAAAGCCUUUUGUUAUAAAUCAUAGCUCAUAUCACACCAGAGAAUUCACACUGGGGAGAAACUUCAUGAAUGCAAUGACUGUAGAAAAGCCCGUGGCAAUAAGUCGCAUCUCAUAAUGCAUCAGAAAAUUCACAUGAAGAGAAACCUUUUGGACAUAAUGACUUGGAAAGCUUUUUCCAAUAAUGCAGUCCUCAUUGCACAUCAUCUAAUUCAUAUGGGGGAAAACACUUUGGAUCUAAUGCAUAUGUAAAUGCCUUUAUCCAUAAGUAACACCUCAUAAAACAUCAGAAUUCACAUGGAGGAGAAACCUUAUGAAUGGAAUGAGUGUUGGAAAACUCUGCCAAAAUCACACAAUAUAACAUCAGAAAAUUGAUUAUAUAAUAGAAAUCUUGUAAUAAGUGUGGGAAAGCCUUUUGUCAGAAGUAAUACCUCAUAACACAUGUAGUUCAAACAAGGGAGAGAACUUUUUAUAACCAUGUGACAGAGCCUUUUGCUGGAAAUUACAUCCCAUACAAUAGGCAUUCCCAUAAGGAAGAAAGAUUGGGACCAGCGCUGUGGCACAGUAGGUUAAAGCCCUGGCCUGAAGCACUGGCAUACCAUGUGGGCACUGCUUCUAGUCCUGGCUGCUCCUCUUCUGAUACAGCUCUCAGCUAUGGCCUGGGAAAGCAGUAGAAGAUGGCCCUGUACCCAUGUGGGAGACACAAAAGAAGCUCCUGGCUACUGGCUUCUGAUCAUUGUAGCUCCAGCCAUUGCAUCCAUCUGGGGAGUGAACCAGCAGAUGGAAGACCUCUCUCUCUCUACCUCUCUCUGUAACUCUGUCUUUCAAAUAAAGUAAAUUGUUAAAAAAAGGAAGAAAGGUUAGAAAUAUUAGUGUGAAAAAAAGCCAUUUGUCAGAAAUUGAUCACUAUACAUCAGAGAAUUCACACAAAGGGUUUCUUUGGAAUGUAAUGAAUGUGGAGUGUAAUGAAUGAAUGUAUAUUUUCAUGGUAUUCAAGCUGUCAUAAAUAUGCAACUCAAAAAAGGUGAUAUCCUUCAAGUGCAGUAGAUGUGAAAAAACCAUAACCAGAAAUUAAACAGGCUGGCGCCAUGGUUCAGUAGGAUAAUCCAGUUCUAGUCUCAGCUGCUUCUCUUCCA